AUGCCCGCACCGAAGAAAUUUGGCGAGUUCAUUGAGUCGAGCAGAGGCAAGGAGGAUUCGUUCAAGCUGGACAGAAACGGCUUUGAGAUCAUCACCCUCCCGGAGAAGGAGCGGGAUGUCACUACCGAUGAUAAGAUAAAGGAGGAGUUUAUGCCGGAGGUAAUGGAUGUCAUCAAGAAGAGGACGGGCGCCUCGCUCGUCGUCCCCUUCGCCCACGUGCUCCGCCGGACCGAGAACAGCUUCUUCGCCGAGGCCGUGGACACGGAGCGCUAUAACCGGUUCGCUACCGUGUGGCCGCACAGCGACUUCACCGUCGUCUACCCGGAGCGACUGCCUUACAUCAAAGAGGCCAUCAUGAACUACGACGGCAUUCCUGCGGACGCGCGAGAGGAGCUGCAGCGGGCCGCGAAGUCUGCCUCGCGUUGGGCUUUUGUGCAGAUAUGGAAGCCACUCAAGACGCUGGUGCGCGACCCUCUCGCGCUCUGUGACUCGUCGACACUGAGCAAGGAGGACUGGAGGUUCCGCCAGGCCGAGGACCCAAACAUCUCCUACUCACUCCUGGCACACCCUGAGAAGGAGGAGAAGCACGCCUGGUAUUACGUCCAUGAGAUGAAGCCAAACGAGAUGUUUCUGUUCAAGGGUUGCGAUAGCAGGCAGGGCGAGCCGGGUUUCACCGGGUAUGCUGGUGCGCACACGGCGAUUGUGCUCCCGGACUCUCAGGACAAGCCCCCGAGAGAGAGCAUUGAGGCCCGGUUCUUCUGUCUCUGGGAGUGA